AGUAGCUGUGGAAAGGAAGCGCGGGCAGGCACAAGGAGAAGGAAGAUAAAUCAGGUGUUGGCGCUUCUCGUAUUGCUUUGGGGGUUUUAUUUAAAAAAAAUAUAUAAUUCUAGUUCACAUUUUUUUUGAACUUCAUUGUACAAGAGAGAAAAAAAAAACAGUUGUAUGUAAGUUAUGGCGAUGGCUACUCCGAAGAGCCAGCACCGUCCGAGCGGCCGGAGUGCAGCCAGCUCCCCGCUGAGUCCGACCCGCAUUUCCCGACUGCAGGAGAAAGAGGAGCUGAAGAACCUCAACGACAGGCUCGCCGUCUACAUCGACAAGGUGCGCUCGCUGGAGUCCGAGAACAGUAUCCUGCAGCUGCAGAUCUCCGAGAGGGAAGAAGUGACCACCCGGGAGCUGACCGGCAUCAGGAACCUGUACGAGAAUGAGCUGGCGGACGCUCGCCAGUCUCUGGAUGAGACCGCCAAGGAGAGAGCGCGCUUACAGAUAGAGCUGGGCAAACUCCGCGGGGACUACGACAGCGUGCUGCAAAAUUACAACAAGAAGGAAUCUGAUCUUCAUGGGGCCCAACUUCACAUUAAAGAUCUUGAAACUGCGCUUCACUCCAAGGAGGCUAGCCUCGCCACUGCACUGGGAGGAAAGGAAGCCCUUGAGGAGGAAGUUGAGGAUUUGCAGGCUCGUCUUUCAAAGCUGGAAGUUUCCUUAGCAGCUGUAAAGAAACAGCUAGAAGAAGAGACCCUCUUGCGAGUCGAUCUUGAGAAUCGAUGUCAGAGCCUCACAGAGGAACUGGAGUUUAGAAAAAAUAUAUAUGAGGAGGAAAUCAAAGAAACCAGAAAGAGACACGAGACUCGUCUGGUUGAGGUGGAUACAGGUCGGUUGGUUGAAUAUGAGCACAAGCUGGCCAAAGCUCUACAGGAACUCCGAGAACAACAUGAUCAACAAGUGAAAAUCUAUAAAGAUGAACUAGAAAAAAACUUCCACGAUAAGCUUGAAAAUGCAAGGCUUGCCUCAGAGAUGAACACCAGGUCAGCCAAGGCAGCUGAAGAGGAGCUAAAAGAAAAUUCGAUGAGAAUAGAGAGUCUCAGCAGUCAGUUGUUCAGCAUGCAAAAAGAUGCUAGAGCCUGGCAGGAAAGGGUCCAGGAGUUGGAAGAUGCUCUGGAAAAAGAGAGGGAUGGAAAUCGCAGGCUGCUGAUGGAAAAGGAGAAAGAAAUGGUUGAGAUCCGAGCACAGAUGCAGCAGCAACUAAAUGAAUAUGAAGAUCUUUUGGAUGUUAAAUUAGCAUUGGAUAUGGAAAUCAGUGCGUACAGGAAGCUGUUGGAGGGUGAAGAGGAGAGAUUGAAGUUGUCACCAAGUCCAUCUUCCCGUGUGACUGUUUCUCGUGCGACGUCCAGCCGCAGUGUCCGCACAACUCGCGGGAAGAGAAAGCGUGUUGAUGUUGAGGAAUCUGAGGCCAGCAGCAGUGUUAGUAUCUCCCAUCAUGCCUCUGCCACAGGGAAUGUUGUCAUUGAGGAAGUGGAUGUAGAUGGCAAAUUUAUUCGCCUAAAGAACAAUUCUGAGCAGGAUCAACUGAUGGGUGGCUGGGAGCUGACCAGGAAUAUUGGUGAUGCAGCUGCCUCUUACAAAUUUACCCCAAAGUAUGUGUUGAAAGCUGGACAGACUACUACAAUCUGGGCUGCUGAUGCUGGUGUGACCUCUGCGCCUCCUGCCAACCUCAUCUGGAAGAACCAAAAUGCUUGGGGCACUGGGGCAGAUGUAAAAGUAGUUCUCAAGAAUUCUCAGGGCGAGGAGGUGGCUGACAGAACCACCAUCUUCACAACCACUGUACCGGAGGAGGAGGAGGAGGAAGAAGUUGAGAUUAAAGAUGAAGACCUCUUCCAUCAACAGGGAGACCCAAGAGCAGCUGACAGGAGCUGUGCAGUAAUGUGAACGUCUUGCAAGACAACUUUUCUUCAAAAACUCAUCGCUGCCUACAUUAAACUUAAUAUCUAGAAAUUCAAACUAUUUUUGUAUUUCAGUAAUUUGUAUUUUAGAUAUUUUGUUAAUUUCUUUUUGUACACAUGGCAUUGGUUCAGGGCUUUUUAUACUAUUACUGAGAUUUUUUUUAGAACGUUACAAGGUCUAGACUUUAAAAAAGUGUGUAAUUCUGAAACCAAACUAAUGUGAAUCACAGGUUUUUUUUAAACCUAUGGAAGAUGGUUUUCCUAAGAUUACAGAUGAAACCAGUGAAAAAUAAUUUGUGUAGUUGAAGAAACUACAGUUAUUUUGGGGCAGCAUGUGUUUGUGACUGGACUUGAGUUAAUAUGUGCAGCAGGGAAAGGGGGAUUAGACAUUUUGGUAAUAACAUUUUUGUAAAUUUAUAAAUAGAACAACACUGAACGUAACUUUUUUUAAUGUUUUUUAAUUGUUUAUACCAGGUUGACAAAAAUAUACCACAAAAUGGGAUGAAGAAAAUCUUCUGUUUGUAGCUUUUGCCCCCUUAUUUAGAUAGUGGUUGGGAACAUGGUAUGACUAAAUGCAAAUGUUUUAAUGAGUUUUAAUGUAGCAAUGAUCGAUUUGGGUUUUCUUGGCAAUUAUAAAUAAAGUAAACAUUGUGUAAUAAA